UUGUUAAUUGCCUCCUUCCUUCUCCAAUUUCACGAUAACUCAAGGAGGACAACAACUCCUUUGUGUUCUCUCCCUUCUUCAUUUUCCGGUGAUUCAAGGAGGACGACAAUUUCCUUGUCUUCUCUUUCCUUCCUUCUCCUCGAUUCAAUGUUAUUAUUUUCUACUUCAUAUUUAAUUUAUACUGAUUCAACUUAUUUAUGAUUGACGAGGCAUUCAAAUAAAAUUCAUUUAUUUUGGAGUUUGAUCUAUCUUCAAUCUUCAAUAAUUAUCAUAUUAGUCUGAGAUUAAAACGUUAAUACCAUUUUUAGGUUUCCUCUAACCACAUCUUGAUGACCUUGACCUUGAAUUUCAAUUGAUCAUUUCAUGCAACGUAUAAUGUGAUCUCAACGAUCACAAAUGCUAGCGUUAGGUGUAUGCAGGAUGUUAAUUUAGUGAUUGUUUUUAAUAUCCUGGUCCUUUGUAUAUACAAAAUUUUUGAAUGGCCUUUAUGUAAAGGCCAUUCAAAAAUUAAUUUAGGUAAUAGGGUGAUUUUUUUAACUCCAUAUUUGAAUUUGUGGCUGUGAUACAUCAAGUUCAUGCAAUGCAUUGGUGGCCGAGCUUCUCAUCUUCCACCCGUGCCUCUACCUCCGACAGAAAAGUUCAUUCCGAUGAUAGCGUGAUCGUCACGCGCGGGGGCGCUCGUUCGGCCCUGAAAUCAGCUCUCUUCGGCACCCGUAGCCGUAUGCGCCAAAUAUCCCGGAAGAAGAAGAAGCCCCAACACCGUGGUGGUGACCACCAUAGUGUCGACGUCGGAGAUGAUUGGCACUCUCAGUAUUCGUAUGAAAGUUCUCUACAGGAGGAACGUCCGCCGCCGCAACCCCUCCCUUUGCCGGAAUUACAUGUGAUGCUCCGUCAACAUCCUAAUUUGGUUCAAGCCCCCAGCGUCCCACUUCCUUCGCCUAGUGAAGCAAUUUCGCAUCAUAAAGCUGGAGAGGAAAUAGAAAGAGAGAGGAUGGAUGCUUUCAAUGGUGGAGCAACACGAGAGGGCAGACUUUUAAACCAAGAGUCUCGAAAGAGAACAGAUCACUCUGCAACUCCAUUGUCCAGGAUGAUGCCACCUCGGAUGCUGCUUGUCCCAGAAAGAAUCCCUCCUGACUUUUGGACUAGUGCUCCAACUAGUCCUUAUGCAAGUCCUACACAUAGACAACUGAAAAGUUGUGAUCAUAUAACGAGUCCUCUUUUCGUCACACCUCCUAGCGUUUUUCAAGUUUGGUCUGCCCCUGAGAUGCCUCCUUCAGAAGCCCCUCAUGGUUUAGGCUUUUCUUAUAACCAUGCUUUUAGUGUUGAUAACUCUCCUCUUCACAGUCCAAGAUUAAGUCCUCAGAGAAGAUCCAGGAGUCCAAGUGGAUCUCCUUCACCUUUACAUCAUCCACUACCAAAUGAUCAGUGCCCAAUGGCGCGUCGUGAGAAUUGCGCUCAAGGAAAUGUCCAUCCUUUACCCCUUCCUCCUCUAGCUACCCAUCCCGUUUCACCACCUACCCCUAAAGCAGAUAUAUCACCUAUUAAAGGCCAGUGGAAAAAAGGAAAGCUUAUUGGACGUGGGACAUUUGGAAGUGUUUACGUAGCAUCAAACAGAGAGACAGGAGCUUUGUGUGCAUUGAAAGAAGUUGAAUUAUUACCAGAUGACCCAAAAUCUGCUGAGUCUAUAAGGCAGCUAGAACAGGAAAUCAAUGUUCUCAGUCACCUCAAGCACCCAAACAUUGUCCAGUAUUAUGGCAGUGAAAUAGUUGAUGACCGCUUUUACAUUUAUCUAGAAUAUGUUCAUCCUGGUUCUAUCAAUAAAUUUAUCCAAGACCAUUGUGGGGAAAUUACAGAAUCUAUUGUGAGGAAUUUCACUCGCCAUAUUCUUUGCGGGUUAGCGUACUUGCAUAGUAAAAAGACCAUUCACAGGGACAUUAAAGGGGCUAAUUUGCUUGUUGAUGCUUAUGGGGUUGUCAAACUUGCAGACUUUGGGAUGGCUAAGCACCUAAACGGGCACUCAGCUAAUCUCUCUUUAAAAGGAAGUCCAUAUUGGAUGGCUCCUGAGCUUAUGCACUCUGUUAUGCAGAGAGAUAAUAGUAACGAUCUUGCCUUAGCUAUUGAUAUAUGGAGUUUGGGUUGUACUAUAAUUGAGAUGCUGAAUGGCAAACCUCCUUGGAGUGAAUAUGAAGCUGCUGCAGCAAUGUUCAAGGUUCUAAAAGAUACCCCACCAAUACCUGAAACAUUAUCACUAGAAGGGAAAGAUUUUUUGCAUUGUUGUUUCCGUAGAAAUCCAGCAGAGAGGCCAUCAGCUAGCAUGUUGCUAGAACAUCCAUUUGUUAGAAUGUCGCAUCAGCCAGAAGUUCCUUCUUUUGUCCAGCAAGUUGACGGGAUAAGACUAACAGAAAAGUUGCAUUCUCAAAGAGAGCAGCUAAGUUAUAAACUUGAGGCGGUGCAUGUAUCAUUAGAAAGAUAACACUCGGAAGGAUCUGGCAAAGAAGAACAAAAUUGUGAUCUAAAGAAUGGAGUCCUCAAAAUGAGCAAGUUCACUUAAAUGUCUGCCUGCCCCGAAGCUUUAUGCCUACACAGCAGCAAUGACAUCAUUCAUAUUCUAACAUAGCAACGGGACUCUGUUAUUUUGCUCAUUCAACUCCCAUGGUCAUCCCCCGUUCAUCCCAUUGAAGAACAGAGGCAUUCUGGGCCGACUACUAUGAUUACAUGCCCAUGUGGUGCACUGACUAUUUAGGAUUACUCAUCUUUAUUGAUGUGGUUUUCUAAAGAGAGCUCGACUCGUAAAUACAUCACAGACCUUUCUCAAUGUGCUCUGUAGAUAGCUUGGAUGCACAGGGAGUUGGAGCCACGAGGUACUGUCCCUCCUCAAUGCUUAGAAGAGAGGAAGACAUGUUUAUAGUCCAGGGAAAUUGCCCUGCAGACCUUGGAUUAUAUCUUUUGUGUAUUAAUAACAAAUAUGGAGCUACAAUGACAACUAUACCGAUACAAUGACCAAAUUCAAAGAUAUUGAAGCCCUAUGAAAGCUGUAUUAGUUAAUCUAUCAAUCUUUCAAGUACUUUAUGAUAGCUGUGUAAUGUAAAGCAGCUGAAUGAAUUUAACAAAGCAAAGCUUUGACAAACAUUUAACAAAAAUGUGCCUCUAUACAGGCAAGUUGGAGUAAGCUAUAUGAAUCUUGUUUGCUCCAUUUAAA